GCCGUGACACAACCCAACGGGUUAAUUAGAUCUUCACAAAUCUUGAAAUGUCAUAGUACGACCUAAACGGUGUCGUUUAUGGUCAGACCCUUGCCAGCCAUUGCCAAUCCGCCGUUGGCGCAAACUAUUCCCUAACCAGUUUGACGGAACUCGGAAGGAAGACUCCGUCGCCUCGAACCUCCACAACAGUCCACACCUCUUUGCUUUCACUCCCGCAGCAAAAAAUGGCGUCGAGGGUCGCAAUUCUGAGAAGCAUCGUCGGCAAUAUUGGGCGCAGCACUUCAGUAUCCAGACGUUGGAUACACAAUGUCGCCGCCGCCAUCAUAACUCCGUCGUUGAACAAUUGCCUCCACCAUCCGUCUCUUCCUCCGCCUCUGCUAUUUCCGUGGUCUCUUCCGAACCCGGGGAGGGAUGGCGAGUGGAGAAACGACGUGGGAAUUGGUGGCGAUUUGGGAGGAUUAGGGUUCCCGGGUUUCCCUGGCGGCGAAGCCAUGGAGCUAGCUGUUCCUAAGAGAAAGGUUACUCCUCAUAAGAGAGGAAUAAGAAAUGGUCCAAAGGCUUUGAAGCCAACACCUGUGAUUAUUCGCUGUCGGGUUUGUGGCCGUGUUAAGCUGCCACACUUCUACUGUUGCAGUGGACGCAAGGAGACCGUGAACGAGAAAAAUGGCUAAAGUCGUAAUACAAUGAACCGAGUUCUCUAUGUGAAGCAGCUUAAGGGAUUGAAGAUCUCAGAGCUAAAGCGAAAUUCUUGUAUGCCUUUCCCCCCCUUGUUAUCAUUAGAGCUUCUGCAGAGAUAUCUUUACUUGCUGGUGGUUGUGCUUCAUUUGUUUUGUUCUGUUUCCUAGAAAUGCCCUAACUUCCUAUCAAUAAGUUUCAUCACCCCCCUUUUCAUGUUCAGAAGAUCAUUAUCUGUUGUGGCGACACCAGCUUGCUUUAGCAAC